GCCUGCUGCCUGGGUUACCUGCACCCACAUAACCACCGCCUGGGGACAGGCCCUCUUGUCCCGGCCGCCACAGGGACGCCAUGGAGCGCUCCCUGCACCGCGUCUCCCUCGGGAGCCGGCGCGCCCACCCGAACUUGUCCUUCUAUCUCACCACCUUUGGUCAACUGAAGCUGUCCAUUGAUGCCCAGGAUCGGGUUCUGCUGCUGCACAUCAUAGAAGGCAAAGGCCUGAUGAGCAGGGAGCCUGGCAUCUGUGAUCCCUAUGUGAAGGUUUCUCUGAUCCCAGAAGACAGCCAGCUACCCUGCCAGACCACGCAGACCAUUCCAGACUGCAGAGACCCAGCUUUCCACGAGCACUUCUUCUUUCCUGUCCCAGAGGAGGGUGAUCAGAAGCGUCUUCUGGUGACAGUGUGGAACCGGGCCAGUGAGACCAGGCAGCAUGCGCUCAUUGGCUGCAUGAGCUUUGGGGUGAGGUCUCUCUUGACUCCGGACAAGGAGAUCAGUGGCUGGUACUAUCUGCUAGGGGAGGACCUGGGUCGGACCAAACACCUCAAGGUGGCUAGGCGGCGCCUCCAGCCCCUGAGAGACGUGCUGUUGAGAAUGCCAGGAGAGGGGGACCCUGAGAAUGGGGAAAAACUCCAGAUCACCAUCCGGAGGGGCAAAGACGGCUUUGGCUUCACCAUCUGCUGUGACUCUCCCGUCCGAGUCCAGGCUGUGGAUUCUGGGGGCCCAGCAGAGAGGGCGGGACUGCAGCAGCUGGACACAGUGCUACAACUGAAUGAGAGGCCCGUGGAGCACUGGAAAUGUGUGGAGCUGGCCCACGAGAUCCGGAGCUGUCCUAACGAGAUCAUCCUGCUCGUGUGGCGCGUGGUGCCCCAGAUCAAGCCGGGGCCAGAUGGCGGCGUCUUGCGGCGGGCUUCCUGCAAGUCCACACAUGACCUCCUGUCACCCCCUAACAAGAGGGAGAAGAACUGUACUCAUGGGGCCCCGGUGCGUCCUGAGCAGCGCCACAGCUGCCACCUGGUGUGCGACAGCUCUGAUGGUCUGCUGCUUGGUGGCUGGGAGCGCUACACUGAGGUGGGCAAGCGCAGCGGCCAGCACACCCUGCCUGCACUGUCCCGGGCCACCACCCCUACUGACCCCAACUACAUCAUCCUGGCUCCACUGAAUCCUGGAAGCCAGUUGCUGCGGCCUGUGUACCAGGAGGAUACCAUCCCUGAAGAACCGGGGACUACCACUAAAGGGAAAUCGUACACCGGCCUGGGCAAAAAGUCUCGGCUCAUGAAGACCGUGCAGACCAUGAAGGGCCACAGUAACUACCAAGACUGCUCAGUCCUGAGACCGCACGUCCCGCAUUCCAGUUACGGCACCUAUGUCACCCUGGCCCCUAAAGUCCUGGUGUUCCCUGUCUUUGUGCAGCCCCUAGAUCUCUGUAACCCUGCCCGGACUCUCCUGCUGUCAGAGGAGCUGCUGCUGUAUGAGGGGAGGAACAAGACUUCCCAGGUGACACUGUUUGCCUACUCGGACCUGCUGCUGUUCACUAAGGAGGAGGAGCCAGGCCGCUGCGACGUCCUGAGAAAUCCCCUCUACCUCCAGAGCGUGAAGCUACAGGAGGGUUCUUCAGAAGACUUGAAAUUCUGUGUGCUGUACCUGGCAGAGAAGGCAGAGUGCUUAUUCACUUUGGAGGCACACUCGCAGGAGCAGAAGAAGAGAGUGUGCUGGUGCCUGUCGGAGAACAUCGCCAAGCAGCAACAGCUGGCCGCACCGCCCCCGGAGAGGAAGAAACUUCACCCUUACGGCUCUCUCCAGCAGGAGAUGGGGCCAGUCACCUCCAUCAGUGCCACCCAGGAUAGAAGCUUUACUUCAUCAGGACAGACUCUGAUUGGCUGAGCAAGCCCAAGGGCGGGACUAUGCUUCUGGCAACUCUGGGGCUUCCCCUAUCACACAGUAACCUCAUCUCAACUGGACCCCAAACAGAAGACCAAGAUGGUGGGCCUAGGGUCACCUGGAGGGAGUGGUCCCAAGGGUGUGUGUGGACCUGGCAACAGGAGGAACAGUGGUCUAAGAGAUCCUGUGGGUUUGUGCGAACUGGUACCAGGAAAUCCUGGAUGGAGAAGACUCCAAAGCAAGCUCCCUUCAGGAGGCUAAGUGGUACUGGGCACCUUCCCGGGCACAGCAGGAAAGAGGGAGAGGGCACUCGAAUGGAAGAUGAUGCCUGUGACCCAUUCCUGCCGGAAGACAUCUCCCCUGCCUGCUCCUAUUUCAAACGGACACAUUUACUUCCUCAGUCAGUGGGUACUGGGGGACACCUCCUUUGUGCUAGGGUGUGUGCCAGAGGAUACUGUGCUCCCAUCAAGAUCCCAGCCCUUCCCCAUCCCAACAGGGAGAGAACACCAAAUAAAUCAGCACUGAUACACACACACACACACACACACACACACACACACACACACACACACACUGCAAGAGUCUGUACGGAAACAUCACAGAUGUCUUCAGACAGGGAGCUAGCCAGCCGAGGACUUUGGAGAGAGCGUGCGUUCCAGGCAGUGGAAGAAGCUUGAGGAAGGGUGUCACAGACUCCUCCGGUGCAUAUCCACAAGGUCAGAUUGCAGUUAGGAGGGGCCCAAGUGACUGUGAGACUGGUUAGGGCUCCCUUCCAGACCUCCUGGGUGAGGAAUGAUGGUGAUUUGUUCUAGAGGGCGCUGUGAUGGUAGGUAUUGGAAAGGUAGGCUCUGGGAUAAGGAGUGAUGCUCGCUCACCCUUGCCUGCGUUCAUGCUCCACUUGGUCUUGCCAUCUCGGUGGUGUGAGGCUUGAGGGCUCCCUCCUAGGGAUUCCUCUGCUCAGGCCAGAGUUGAGCUUGUGGGGAUGUCUGUGAGCACUGAAACAGUAAAGCUUAAUUUUCCCAAGAUGGGAAAGUUUCCCAUCUCCCCUGCUUCCAGGCUCCGUAGAGACCACCUGUAUCUGCUCUUCCUUUCAUGCUAAGAGAAGGAAGCUGGGGCCUUGCAUGCCCCGUGGUUUUUUUUUUUUUUGCUUUCUGCAGGGCUUCUAAGGGGCAGCCCCCGGUGGCCAGGACCAAGUGUAGCUCAGCAACCUUUACAGAGACAACGCGAAAGGAAUCUUGCCCAGGUCCAGUGAUGAGAGCUGGGUCUACUCCCAUCCACCGAGCUGGGGCUCUGGGCUAGGUAGCUCACCCUUUUCUAACUGUAGAGACCCAGCAGGACAGAAUCUCAAGCUUGUGGAUCAGGGGGAUGAGGGCCAUAUGCAAGAGAGUAUUUGUCGGGUUAGGUACUGAGCGCUCACAGACAGAAAGCUGCAGUGAUGGCUAAGGCCAGAGAAGCCCCAGACCUGAGACCUAAGGACCUUAAGGAAGAUUCUUGUGCUCUUUGGAGUAUGCUAAACUGCCAGGGCCACCUGAGCCCCUAAAUGGUGGCCCAGGAGAGUGCAUGUCCCUUAUUUUCUUUCCAACAUUGGAAAAGUGAGUCAUGCUGAGUUAUCAGUCUAACAGGGAAUGGGGUGAAUCUGCAGGAAUCAGGCUAACGCCCAGCCCAGCGAGGAAAGAUUGGCUUGGUUCAAGGGUUGUGUAGCACCCCACUGCCAGCCAAUGAUCAGCCCAUAGGGUGAAUCCGAACAGCCGGGUCUGUGCAGGCAGCAAACUACAGUUUGAUUUCAUUUGAUUCUCUCACCUAAUGAUCGUGAGGUCAUGAAGCCCAGGAGGACCACCUGCGUGGGAAAUCAGCCAUCUUGUCUUGCCUGGGUCUGGGCACCGACCUCUGUCCGACAGAUGGGCACAGAAGACAAGAAGAGGAUCUGAACAUAACGCCCAUCCCAGCGGACGAGUGAUUCUCCCUGAUAAGCAACUCCCGAGUAGAACAGAUUCUCCCAUCAAGCUCCCAGGUGUACUGGCUGAUGGGGAAGAGGAAGGUACUCCUGGCAGGUCCUGGGCUAGCUUGCUCAGUGACUGUGGUGAGCCACGGCACCAUGGCCAUCUUGCUUCAUGAAUCAAUGUGACAAUUAAUUUGGUGUCGUGGGCCCGAGAGGAUGAAAUAUGACCCGGUGGCCUCCACUCUUCAGUCCAUCCCAGCUGUUCAAGAGGACGAACAGCUCUCAAUGUGGCCUCUGAGAGUCAUAAUCACGGGAACCAUGGCUGGCCUUCCCCCCCCCCCCAUAAAUCAUGCUAAGAAGCACACAAUGACUUCUUUCCUGAUGGGCUAAUUGUCUUGGGUGGUGUCUCCGGCCUAGGAGCUGGGAGGUCCAGAGCACAACUGCUUUAUUGUUGAAAGGCCAUCUGUGAGAUUUGAAUACAAAGUGCCUCUUUUAGUCUCCUAUGCGUUCUUGGAUCCCAUUUCUGUGUCUCCUGCUCUGAGUCCUUUGAAGUUCAUCUCUCAUAGAAGCCCUCAUUGCCUGAGUCCUUUGGCCCUUUGGGAGUUGGAAUUACACAGACCUUCUGCGAUUGGUGAUACUUAUUU